CUUUGACAUAAGAUUAUUGAUGUUCGUGACAUAACCUAUAAUUUUAAUUUUAAUCGAACGCACAUCAUUUUAUUCUUAUUUUAUGGUUUCUAUGAAAAUAAACAAUAACAUUGUUAAAAUAAAUGAAUAUUGUAAGGUACUACAUAAAAUCAAGUUUAGUUAAUGUAACUAAACUUCCUAACCGACAUUUUGCAAGCAAAACCAUACAGUCUGCAGCAAUGUCUUUAUCAGCAGUGAAAAACGCAGCAAAGAGGAUAGUUUGGGUUGACCUUGAAAUGACAGGUCUGGACAUAGAGAAGGACCAUAUCCUUGAGAUAGCCUGUGUGGUCACAGAUGAGAAUCUGAAUAUUAUUGCAAAGGGUCCAAACAUAAUUAUAAAUCAGCCAGAUAGUAUUCUAAAUGAAAUGAAUGAUUGGUGUGUAGCUCAGCAUGGUGAGAGUGGACUGACGGAGGCUAGCCGCAAGUCAAAUGUAACAUUAAAGGAUGCUGAAAAACAAGUAUUGGACUUUGUAAAGUCCCAUGCACCUGAGAAGAAGUGUCCACUAGGAGGUAACAGUGUAUACAUGGACCGUCUGUUUAUAAGAAAAUAUAUGCCGACAUUAAACAAUUAUUUACACUACAGAGUUAUAGAUGUGAGUACAAUAAAGGAGUUAGCAAAGAGGUGGUAUCAGAAAGAGUUUUCACUCAUGCCACAAAAGAAGUUCAGACAUCGAUCAGUGGAUGACAUACUUGAGAGUAUAGAGGAACUGAAGUAUUUUAAAGAGAAUAUAUUUAAGUCGUCAAUUAAACUGCAGACAGAUGUGUGAAGUAUUAGUGACUAGUAACAAUUACGGGUAUGUUUGGUUUAAUUUACAUGGAGUCAAGUAGUGUUGAUUCAUUACAGUUUGAGCAUGUCCUUGAAUUAAAUAAAUGAUUGGCUUAUUAGUAAGCUGAAUACCACA